AAUAUUUUUUAUUUGUCCAUAUCUCCACUUUGGGUAAAAAGAAAUCUAAAUUGAGAAAUUAGAAUAUGGUUUUCCUAGUAAAAAACAUCUUUCUGUCUCUGUAGCUGGGGACCAAUUUCUGUGCUCAUGGCUGCAGAGAAUUGGACAACAGUGACUGAGUUUGUCCUUCUUAGCUUCUCUACCCUGCAACCCAAGGUUCAGGCCUUGCUCUUUCUGCUUUUUCUGACCAUUGAACUUAUCACCUUGAUGGGCAAUGCCCUUAUCAUCCUGGUCACUACAGUCGACUCUGGCCUACACAGUCCAAUGUACUUCUUCCUCAGAAACCUGUCUUUCCUGGAGAUUGGCUUCAACCUGGUCAUUGUUCCCAAAAUGCUGGGAACUCUGCUUGCCCAUGACACAAACAUCUCUUUCCUCAACUGUGCCAUUCAGAUGUAUUUCUUCUUCUUCUUUGGGGCUUCAGAGUGCUUUCUUCUGGCAACCAUGGCAUAUGACCGUUAUGUAGCCAUCUGUGACCCCUUACGCUACCCAGUCAUCAUGAGUCAUAAGGCUUGUGUACAGCUGGCUGCUGCUUCAUGGCUCUCGGGCCUUCCUGUGGCCACAGUACAGACUACAUGGCUCUUCAGUUUUCCAUUCUGUGGCUCCAACCAGGUGAACCACUUUUUCUGUGAUAGCCCACCUGUUCUGAAGUUGGUCUGUGCAGAUACAGCACUAUUUGAGAUCUAUGCCAUCGUGGGAACUAUUUUGGUUGUCAUGGCCCCCUGCCUAUUGAUCUUGGGCUCUUAUGUUUGCAUUGGUUCCACCAUCAUCAGAAUGCCUUCAGUGGAGGGAAAACGCAAGGCCUUUUCUACAUGCUCCUCCCACCUCCUUGUUGUCUCCCUUUUCUAUGGGUCUGCAAGCCUUACUUAUUUUCGACCCAAGUCCAAUAACUCCCCAGAGAGUAAGAAGCUUCUAUCAUUGUCCUACACAGUGGUAACUCCAAUGUUGAAUCCUAUUAUCUAUAGCCUAAGGAACAAAGAGGUGAAGACCACACUCUAUCAUAUUCUCCACAGAGUCCUGGGAUGCCUGAAAAUUUAAAUUGAAGCUCCAAAAGUUAUUCUGCCUUUACUAUUACAAUCACAAGAUCAUAGAGUAAAACUGGAAAGGGCCCUUAGGGGUCUAGUUGAGAGGAUAUGAAAGUUUGAUGAAAGGAGUAUAAUUCUGGCUUUGGGGAUUUCUUUACUCUCUGCCCUGCUUAGUGGGAGGACCAAGAAAGACAAAUACUUCUGAGAACUCUCUACAACAUAUACAGAGGACAGAAGAGGACAAAGGGGUGAAUGAAUGGUCAGGAGGUGAUUCUUCCAAGCAGCCAAGGGGUUAAGGUGAGACUAACUUUCCCUUGAUGUUUUGGAUACAUAGCUCUCACUACUGCCAGUGAAAUUAUGGAACAAUUCUAUCCAAAUACUUUAUUUAUACAUAUUUCUACAUUUCCCAGAAUAACAUGCAUUAUGGCUAUGUAAUAUGAACUACUGGAAGUGGAAGGACAACUAGACACUCUCAAGUUCAAGUUAUUAUUCCUGCUGCCUCCAGAGAAGAUUGUCCAUCUGUAGCAGAGACAGGCAAUUCCAUUAGAAUUCAAUUCAACAAACAUUUAAGCCCUUGCUAGGCAAUGGAAAUAUAAAACAAAAUAUUCCCUGCCCUCAAGGAAUUUACAUUUCAAUGGGAGUAUAGAGUGGAAUGAAGAAUAACUUAGUAAGUGUUUGCUAUAUGCCAAAUACUAGGCUAGAGGGAUACAAGUAGAAAAGUCAAUCUUUGUUCCAAAGAAGCUCAUGCUCUAAUUGAGUGGAGACAACAUAUAAAGCAAAUGUACAGGCUAGUUUCUGGAAGAGAAAGCAUCAGAGAAAAUGGAAAGGCCCCAAGGACUUUGGGAAGUACUGACAGGACAGAUAGUCCUUGAUCAAGAGGAUAGUGAAUAUAAGGAUCAAAGUGUAAUAGAGUUUGGGGAUACAAGGUUGGGGAGGGGAUUUCAGAAUUUUAGCUGAAAAUGAAUGUCUAGCACUUUGUGAAAACUGAGCA